AUGGCUCGCGUUUGCAAGGCCUUCUCCUCGUCCGCUAUUGACGUUCUCUGGAGAAAUUUGGACGACUUCGAAGACCUGUUGCAUGUUUUCCCGUUCUAUCAAGACUGGGACGACCGCACUGUCUCCGAGAUUCCACCUCAUAUGUGGGAGCGAUUCCAGAUGAUGGUGUGGACGUUGCUCGAGUACCGAUCUGGUGGCCAGCCGCUACUGCCCCGCCUUCAAACUCUCACGCUGUUGAAUAUCGACCCUCAUUUUGUCCAGCCUCUGGUGCUACUCCUCACGCCAUCUCUGCGCACGCUUGUCCUAUCGUUUGGAGACUCCGAGGCCUCUGGGUGGGAUGAAGUCGCGCCAAUGGCAACACGUUCAAGCCGUAGCAUACCUACUAUCGCGGAUCUUCUCCUGCGAAUCACCGGCGACACACGACUCUCUCUUCUAACCAAUCUCCGCAUAGACCAUGGUGGUCUUCCGGAAGAUUUCCCACCGUCACACUUCGCCUCUCUUGCGCAGCUGAGCGGGCUGAAGACCCUUGACUUGCUCUACUCCGGGGUAGCUAUCGACACGGCAACUCUCCAGCUACUCUCGAAUAUCCCUUCUAUCCGUUCUCUGGACCUGGAGAUCUCUCUCGACGAAAUUACUUUCCGGGGCCCUCUCCAGCCUGGCGGGGCCGAACUCAAUAAAUUGCAUCUGUGUGGCAGCAUCGGCGAUCUCAGACGUUUCUUCGAUGCAGCCACUCUCCCCAACGUGGUCGACCUCGCACUCUCCGUGACCUCACUACCAAACAUAGGCGCCCUCAAGGACGCGUUUGACCUCAUAUGCAGCAAAAUCUCGCGCUCGGUCCACGAGCUUACUGUGUUUGUCAACCCUGUGAUCCCUUCUCCUGCAGUCUCCCUCCUAGAUAUCCUCCGCCCAUCCCUCUCCUUCCGCGACAUGAACACCUUGAAUGUCGAGUUCGACGAAUAUUUCCUCCUCAUAGACGACCAGGACGCUCUCGCCUUCGCAAGCGCAUGGCCCCUGCUUACCAGCUUCAGCUACCACUCGUACGCCGACAUUCCGAAGAACCUUCCAACUCAGACUACCGUUGCCGGCCUGCUCACGUUCGCACAACGGUGUCCGGAGCUAUGUGGCCUCGACCUGCCUCUCCUGGACGUCCGGGCCCCCUUGCCGCCCCCGCUCAGCAUACCCGCGGUGGGGCAAAAGUUCAUGCGCCACCUGCAGAUCCCGGAGUUUAUCGGAGGCGACACCGCGGACCUAGUCGACCUGGCGCUCAUCCUAGACCGCCUGUUUUCCCACUACGAAUGCGGGAGGCCGCUCGCCAUGCAGGCCAAGGUGGUACCCUUUGUUCUCGAUUGCGAGGCACGCCAUCGCCCUGUGAGGAUGACGGACCUACUGGUGGAGGCGAUGCAGGCGCAACGAAGACUGCUUGAGGACGAUGGUUCGCGCCCGGCCGCGAUCAGCGAAUAG